UACAAUGACCCCCAGCGUCUCAACUACCGCUAUUCACGUAAAUUACGAGGAGUCACUGAAGGCAUCACAGUGUCCGGCAAAGUUAGCUAGCAUGAGCAACGCCGUUAGCCGCCGAUAGGACGUCUCAGCAUCAGCAUCAGCGUCAGCGUCAGCAUCACCGGCUCUCAAUGACGGUACACGGUAUAAGGGACCAGGAAACCAUCUGUUCGACAGCAGUUAAAAAUGAGUCACUGCUCUUUGGACAACAACAACUUUCCGUUCGACAACAAUGUCCUGGUGCUGGACAUGGUGCUGGGUUCGCUCUGGGGACUGUCCCAGCCAAUAGACUGGGACAGUGUGGCUAAGCUCGUUCCAAGUUUCACUCCCAAGGAGUGUGCACUUCGCUUUGAGGAGCUGAAAACCUCUGGAGGUCUUCCUCAUGUGGAUGAUCAUUGUAAUGCAGUCACAAUCGGAACGUCUUCAGAUGGCAUGACGACCAUACUGGGCACUGCUCAAGCAGCAGGGACAGGAAGUCAUCACGGUGGUUGUAAAGUUGCAGGGUGCAAAUCAACACUUUCGGGAAGUGUUUGCGCAUUAGAGAAGAAAGACAAAAGGGUCUUGACUGAGGAUGGUGACAAACCCCAAAAACUAAGAGAUCCCAACAUGGUUAUCCACGUUUGCGACGAGACCAAGAACUUGAAGCAGGACUUUGCCUGUCCCAGAGAUCUUCUAAUCAAAGAGAUGCGCUACUUUGCGGAGUAUCUGUCUGUGGACUCACAGAGAUGGGAAGAAGUGGACAUCUCGGUUCACUGUGACGUUCUGAUCUUCGACUGGCUCAUGAACUACGUCCGGAGGAACUCAACCAGGGAUAAACCUCGGCUUGAGCCCAGCAAUGUGAUCUCAAUCCUGAUCUCCUCCGAGUUCUUGAAGAUGGACACGUUAGUGGAGGAGUGCGUCCAGUACUGUCACAAACACAUGAGCGCCAUCGUGGCCACACCCUGCAACAUGAACUGCAUCAACAGCAACUUGGUGUCGCGCAUCGCCGAGCUUUUCAACCACAAUGAGGCAGAAGACAUCAGAGACAAAAAAGAUAAAUUCAAGAGCAAAUUGUUCCAAAAGAAGAUUGAGCUUCUCUUCGACCCAAACUACCAGAACCGAGAUUCUCCAAGAAAUGCCUCAACUCUCUAUCGGUGUGGUCUGUGCUUGAAGAUGCUGACUGAAGACACACAGAGGAAGAUUUCGUGUGUGCCAGGCAAAAUCAAUAUUGACUCUCAUGGAGAGAUCGUCUAUACACAUUCAAGACAGAAGAACUGGGAUGCCAAUGAAUACGUUAGCAGUCUGCACGAGGAGCUCAAAUCAUGGGGCUUGGUGUAUUGGAGAAUCUGGGGAACCAUCAACUGUCUUACCUGCUCCCGUUGCCAACAGGAGUUUGUGUGUGCAGAGCUGACCCAUUGCCGCUACCACCCAGAAAGUGUGAUGUACCCCCGGUCAGGGGUGGACAAAAACUGGAACGGGACGGGAAUCUACCCCUGCUGCAACCAGACGGUACUGCGCUUCGACCCGACUGGUAUGCCCAAGGGUUGCAGAAUGCGAGACCAUAUCGUGAAUGUGCCAAAUGAGGAAGACUGCGACGAGGCCACCUUGGCUCAGACCAGAGUCCUUAAUGACCUCCUGUUGCACAGAGAUGCCGUGUGUGUGUCUGGCUCACCAGCUGCCGCUGGAGAUGAAGAGUGCCCAACCAACGUAGAGAAGGACUGUGAUGUCCUCUUGGAACCAGCACUGCUCAGACCUCCAAGCACUUUCUCUCUUUUGAAAAACUGGAGUCUGCUACUGAGGCGGCAGUCACUCCUGUCAGAAGAUGAGGAGUACACCACAGGGUCAGAGGUCACAGAGGAUGAGGUGGGAGAUGAGGAGGAUUUGUCCAAGAUGCAAGCAGCUGCCAAGAAGGCCAAGAGGAACAACAGAGUUCUUAAAAAACACAUUUCCUCACCAAACCUCCAGCGAAAGGUCAAACCGGAUAAAUCUCAGUCCAGAGACAACACUCCUUUCAUAGUGAGUGUCCAGAGAAGUAAGUGGGACAGAACUCGUUCCAUGCGGUACAACCAGGAUGCUCAGAGAGAAGAAGACCAACGUCGCAUGGCCGAGAUCAUCGAUUUCCUCACGAAUAUGCGCUUUGGAGAUCAGGAGCAAAACAGAUCCAAGGACACAAAGGAGCCAGCAGGAGGAAUCUACUCCAGACUCGAGGCACAAUUCAAGAGUUCAACUCAAAGCAGACACUCCUUCGACAAGACACAGAGACCUAAAAUACGCUAUGCUCAGAUCCGGACAAACAUAGAGAAGUGACGGUUGAGGCUGUUUAGUAUCCUAAAAAUGUGCUCCAGGCAUGUCUACUUGCCAUUCGUCGACCCCCCAAACACCACCCACUUGCCUAUUACCAAGAGCAGCCGUCGAUCGGGCCGUCUCUUCUGUUAAAGUGAGGUGACCGUGCCAGGAUCAACACGCGCUACAGUCUGUUUGUGCAGCUCCGUUCAGGUCUCGCAAAACAAGGAGCUCCCCGGACCUGGGUCAGCUUAUGGGAAGCGCCGCUCUGACUGUUUGCACUUCUCAAGUGUUUCUGGAGGAUUUAUUUUUGGACCACAGGGGAGGGGCUUCAAAAUGGACGUGAGAGCAUAUGAUAGUAACUCACAAAGAUUAUGAUGCUGUGAAAGCAAUUUCCGGUCUGACCUGUGCUCCACAACGGCGACAUGAAGCAAGAAUGUGCAUGUGAACUCUGUGACAUCCAUAUUCGUCAUCAUCCCCUAACCUUGCAGCCUUUGAGUUACCACAAUACUUGUGUAAGGAAGAGGCGGGUGGGGGGAAUUGUGGUUUCACUAUCAAGUUCACAAACCUUGACAAUCGCUAUACCAGACUGCUUUAAAGAGAAAUGAGGAAAAAAAAAAAAAGCAACAAAACACUCCUAUAAUAUUCCAUGCAUCCAAUCCUGUAAUAUACAGUGCUUUAAAAAAGUAUUGACCCUUAUUUCAAUUUAUGUUUGCAGUUUCCUACUUGAAUGUUUCUGAAGAAAAAAAAAAAAAAAAAAAAAAGUCUAAACAGACAAAGGUAUAUUUUAUGGGCCUAAAGCUACUUGGGCUUAUGUUAAAAGGCAAUGCACAAAUUGUGAUUGAUGCAACCGUGAAAUCUGCUCUGCACCAGAAAAUCCUGAGCAAUCGGUUUGUAACCUCAGGCUGAAGCGCAACAGAGUUUUUGCAGAAGGACAAAGUUCCAAAACACUGGCAAGUCAACUUCUGAAUUGCUUUAAAAAACUUUUUUUGAAGUGGACCAAUAAGAGUCUGGAGUAAAAUCUGAUUUAAUCACAUUAAAAACAAAAGACUGGGAAUGUUUGAAAACCCUAGUCUGGUGAUCUUAAACAUUAAGGUGGAAACGUUUUUGAGGUGGCCAAUACUGGUACUUCUUUACACUGUACUUGGACAUGUUGCAAACACAAGAAAGCAAAGACGCUUGUAAAACUCUACAAUUUUUAAUCAGUUCAAAAAAAUUCACAACAAAUGUAACACCUUGAGAAGGGAUAUUUGCUAUUGGAGACUGGAUACUUCUUGGGAAUUUAUACAUUCUUGAGCCUAAUUGUUUAUUUGGACAGAACUCUGAAUAGGUACAAAUGAAAAAUGCAAAAAUACAAAAUUAAAUGUAAACCCGAUUUAUUAUUUGCCAUUUUUCUCUAUCGGUAGUGUCUUGAAGCACUACUGCAUGGUAAACAAUCUAAAUGAGUACAAUUGAACACAUUGAAAGCCGUCAACCAAGAACCUAUAAAUACCUUUGCCACUUCUUUAAAACAUCCCAUUCGUGGAGGCUCACGAAUGAGCAACAAUCCUCUUAGAGGAAAACAAAAGCCUGAUGUCGACUACGCGACAGAACCCACACACACGCGCACACGCCAAAGAAACCAUAGAAUAAGAGAAAAAAAACAAAAAAAAAAUGUUCCCAUGGUAUUAAAGAUGCUAUACAAGUGGGAUGAUAUGCACAGUUGUGUUCCUUAGAAAAGUGUUUAAAUUUUAGGAUGAUGCCGCACAACUCACAAUGAAAAGAUGCUGACAUCUUUUGAGCCUUCAUUCAUUAGCCGUUCCAUUCAUUCUCCCACCAAACGGUGUAUGUGCCUCUACAAGACCUUCCAUCUCUACAAGCCUUGAUGCAGAUCAAGAACAAAAAUCUCUCUUUCUCACACGCUAUAUAAAUAUAUAUAUAUUUAUCGUGUGUGUGUGUGGGUGUAUAUAUACACAUACACCCACACACACACACACAACAAAUA